CCUUUAAAGAGUGUGUGAUUCUAUUUCCCGCCAUCCUUUGACACUGCCCUUUGACCUGACGCGUGGCAAUACGAAAGUGAAAGGAUCCGGCAUAUGUUUGUUUAGAUGUGUGCGCUUUCACUCGCUCCUCUCCGAACAUGGCCUGGCAUAAAAGGGCGGAUACCGCUGUCUUUUCUUUUGAGGUCAUGUAUUGGGUUACCCGAAUGCUUUCGUUGCUGUAGAUUGACGGUAGAAGCAGGACCGUCUGGAGGCAUUGGAUUUGGAGUGUAUCUAAUGAUCCGCUGUAGCUGUAGCCUUCUUCGCAGACUUCGGAGUGGUAGCGUUGCCUGUGUGGCAAAACUCCCGCUCACACCAUAGUGGCAUAGGGAACCUUAGCCCAUGCUGAAAAUUGUGAAUCAGUGGCCAUCCCCUAAUGCCGCCGCUCCGGAAUUCGCGGAAGGAGGCUGAAGGUCUGCUUCCCAUCUUGGCUUCUCCAGCACCGCCGUGUCACCGAAAGUCCCGUUUGAAGUGCACUGAAAAUCAUUUGACAUUGUCCUUUAUGAUUUGGGCCUAUUAAUGUAUUUAAAACCGAUAUGCGACGGCAACAAUCAGCAAUCUACAACUCCAGCAUAGUGUACUGUUGACAGAGGCUACUGCAGUGCACGGCAGAGUUUAAUCCCCCGCUGUCUGGGCGUGGCUGUUAGCGCCUGGCUGUUAGCGCCCUACUAUUAACUCCCGAAGGAAAACAUAACCACCUGUUAAUUUCAAUUGUUGUUUUGUGUGGCUUCCCAUAAAACGAAGCGUCUCUAUCGAUUCCCUUCCUCCUGACGUCAUGAGUACGACCUUUAGCGGUAUGACGUACCGGUUGUUCCGCUAUCAUCAAGAACAAUAGACCGCUUGACGUGUACAGAUAAUUAUGGACAAAUGCAGUGUCUAAUAUGCCAUUUCGCCGGGAUGGAAAUCACGUUACAACCUGUCGCAGCGUUUCCAAAACAAGAAGGAUACCUUAAAACAAAGAGAUGCCCAGCUUUGCAGACUGUAGCUGGUGGUCAUUACACUCAAACCUCACGCAAUCUAACGUCAGACACUGACUGAAGAUUUGGCUACAGAGUUCUAAGAUGAUGAGAAAGUGUAAAAACUAUGCCCACAAGUGGGCCGAUAACACCUGUUCUGUGCGAUACCUGAGAAAGAGACUACCGAUCGUGGGCUGGCUGCCCAGGUACAACCUGGAGAAGUUCCAGGGAGAUCUGAUCGCAGGCUUGACGGUUGGUUUGACCGUGAUUCCCCAGGGUUUGGCGUAUGCUGCAGUUGCGGAGUUACCACUUCAGCAUGGCCUGUACUCUGCCUUUAUGGGGUGCUUUGUGUACUGUAUCCUGGGUACGUCCAAGGACAUCACACUGGGACCUACAGCCUUGAUGUCACUGAUGACAGCUCAGUACGCUGAGGGACAACCAGCUAUUGCUGUCGCACUGUGCCUCUUUACUGGACUCAUCCAGUUUGUAAUGGGUAUAUUGCGCCUAGGUUUCCUGCUGAACUUCAUGGCUGUUCCAGUUAACUCAGGGUUUGUCACUGCUGCUGCCAUCAUCAUUGGAUGUGGACAGUUGAAACUUAUCCUGGGCUUGAAGGAUGUACGGAAACCCUUCAUAUGGAACAUUUAUGACACUUUCAGAAAAAUACCACAAACAAAUCACUGGGACCUGAUACUUGGACUCAUCUCUUUUAUAACGCUGCUGAUAUUGAAGUUUAUAAAAGACAGAGACUGGGACAAAGACAGGGAUCCAAACGUGCCUCUCACCAGAUUACAAAGGGCCGGCCGUAAAGCUAUAUGGCUGGUUGGAACAGCAAGAAAUGCAAUUAUUGUUCUGGUGACGACAAUCUUUGCUGGGAUUCUCUACGUCUACAACAUCAGACCUUUCACAAUGACAAAAGAAGUACCACCAGGGUUCCCUCCAGUGGGGCCCCCUAGCUUCUCCUAUCAGCAUGGCAACCACACAGUGGAGGGAGAAGAGUUUUUUACGCAUCUUGGAGCUGGUGUAGCAGUCAUUCCCAUGAUUGGUUUGCUGGAGAAUAUUGCAAUAGCCAAAGCUUUUGCCAGCAAGAAUAGAUACACCAUUGAUGCCACUCAGGAGCUCUUUGCAUUAGGCAUUGCCAACACAGUUAGCUGUUUUUUCGGCUCAUAUCCAGUCACAGGCAGUUUUUCCAGAACAGCAGUCAACUCAGCUAGUGGAGUCAGGACCCCAAUGGGCACCAUCUUCACAGGGAGCCUGGUGAUCCUGGCCAUGCUGUUUGUGACUCCUUACUUCAUGUACAUCCCCAGCGCUGCGCUGGGAGCCGUCAUCAUCGCUUCUGUCAUCAACAUGGUGGAGUUUGAGCACAUCACGGAACAGUGGAGGGUUCACAAGCCAGAUGUAUUUGUUUGGGUUGUUACCUUCUUUUGUGUCCUAUUCUUGGGCAUUGAGUAUGGCAUCCUUGCUGGAGUGGGUGUGGCUCUGGCUCUGUUGCUUUACAACACAGCAAAACCUGCCACCAAGGUUGAAUAUACCAACUCGUAUCCAGAGAUUGGUAUUGUGAGGCUGGACAGUGGUCUGUACUUCCCUGCAUCUGAUUCAAUCAAAGCAACUCUUCACAGUGCUGGGCUCAGUGAGGAACCCUACAAACCAGUGGUUAUGGACCUGACUCAUCUGUCCCAUCUGGACUUCAGUGUUGUUAGGGCUCUUGGACGAUCUGUGGAGGAAUAUGACCUGAACAAAACCACCCUGUAUUUUGCUUGUCUCAGGGAAGAUUUGGAGGAGAAGAUCAACCAAGCCCAUAUCAAGAACCUCCGAUGUUUUCCAACAGUGCAGGAGGCUGUGGAUGCUAUUGUUGUGGAAUCAACAGCAGAAGGCGACGUGCACCAGCCCAUGUUGAUGACAGAACUGCCAUCAGAUCAUGUGGUCAUCUCCAGUGAUACAGGAGAAGCCCUGCCAAACCAAAGUACUGUCAACAAGGAGACAUCAAUAUGAGCAUUUUUCUUGCAGUUUUCUUCCUUUUUUUUUGUAUAUCUCAAAGGUGAUGCUGACAAACAUGUCACAAGCAUUUUCUGAAGAUGGUUUUAUGAAAAUUUGCUGCAAAAAAAGAGUGCUGAAUUCUAUUGUGUAAGUACAUACAUUUACAAGCCUAUUUUAGUAGAAGGCAAUUCCUUGUUUAAUAUUGCAAUAUUCUCAGAGAAUUUAUGUGUCCUGUUCAAAGACUGGAAAUUUGUGGUGUAAAUGGUUCAAUUUUACUGCUUAUUAUAGGCUGUUAAACCAUCGAGAAUAUGACUCAGAUAGAUUACCAAAUUCCACUCUCAGCUGUUUUUACUACUUUUACAAAGGGCGCAUUCCAUUCUAAUUUUAUGAGAUUACCACAAUAUACGGUUUAUGAUGCAGUUGUAAUUCAAGUGCUUCCAUUACCAAGUCAUAUUGCCCAGAAAAGUCUACCAGUUCCAGGUUCCUUUUAUUUCAUCAUCAUCAUCAGUCACUGGGUUCUGCAUCAAUAUUCUGGAAAGUCCUAUAGCUGCAUUCAGUCUUUCUUCAUCCUUUUCUGUUGUGCUUUGCAUCCUGCAAGCUUCCUUAGCUCCUGGAGUUUCUUUGCUGUUGUUGGAAAAGCUCGAGCUUUUAUUUCACUCCAUUUAAGGACAAUGAUUAUAAGGACUUUCCUUAAGUUCCAUUAAGAUUAAGGUUCUCUCUCCGCAGAAAAAACUUGGUGGCAGUUGUGCAAAUCAUGUUCCAAAUGGCUGGCAGUGCAAUGGACUGAAUUCAUCCAUAGAGAUUAUAUGAUUUUACAUUCUGAAACAUAAUAAUAUCCAUCAGAUGACAGUGAUAUGACCCAAAAGUGAACUUUGAAAGACUUUACAAUGAGAUUAAAAGAUGUUAAAUCAUUAGCUAUGAUGCAGAUGUACAUAUAGAUGUUGUAGCUUUCUCAUUAAUAUACAGCUUUGCACGUGCACAGCUGUCUGUGAAAUGCUGAAAGAACAAUACAUAUCAAUGAGAAGCAGUAAGUGCCUUGAGAUUAUAUAGUGUACAGUAUGAUAAUGUUUUUAAGGUUUACUGUAAUUCUAGUGAUUGAGAUUGAUUUAUUUCAAAGUAAUGUUAUUGUUGAGUAUUUUGAGCUGUACAUAUUCAGGGGGUGACUAUUUACCUCCAAGAGGUCAAUAAAUAGAUAUUUAUUCAAGAGGCAAUAUGGUAAUACUAGAGGAAUAUUUCUUUAGGACCAGAGUAGCUACCUUGUAUCCUCCCAAUGCAUUUCAUACAUGUUACAUAUAAUGCAUACUUCUUUGGGCAAUUUCUGUUGCACCAAAAGUAAGGUCAUUCAGAAAAGCACUAAAGCGCCUCUUUGUUUUAGUGAGAUAAAGUGUCACACAGAAAGCGAUUUUUCGUUAGUUGUGUCAUGUUGAUAUGAUGAAAACCAGUGUUAUUUUCAUCUGACACUUUAUAUUGUACAUACAUGUAACAUUAUACGUUGAGUCCUGUCACAUUCCGUAGGUUCUGGUGGUGGAAAGAGUUUAACUUCAAGACCAUGUCUGAUAGAAGGAAAAUCAGUGUGUAUAGAAAAGGAAUUACUGUUACAUAUUAUGCCAGGGACUUGUUGAGGCUUUGAAAUGUCUUCCUCGUGUUACACAAAGGGUGUGAGAGUACUGUAUUUACAAAAUAUAUCAUGCCAUGCAGACUACCUUUUGUGUGUAUGCAAGGUUUAAACUGGAAUAAAGAAUGAAAAUGAAUCGAAUC